AUGACACCAGGAGUCACCGUCAACCGCACUGAUGAUAUCCAUCCAUGUUAUGAAAUAGAUACGGUCUCUUACAUACUGAUAAGAAAACCUUCCACAGUAUGUGUUUUAUUAUAUAUUAUCUUUGGCUCAUUAUCUGUUGUAACUGUAUGUGGAAACCUUCUUGUUAUAAUCUCCAUCAUUUACUUUAAACAGCUCCACACUCCCACAAACUGUCUCAUCCUCUCUCUGGCUGUGGCUGACCUGCUUGUGGGAAUUGUAGUCAUUCCUGCCAGCAUGAAAUUCCCUUUGAGCACUUGUCUGUAUUAUGAAGAUUUCAUUUGCAAAGUACGAUUAUGCUUUGACAUAACACUGGGCACAGCUUCUAUUCUCAACCUAUGUUGUAUUUCCAUUGACAGAUAUUACGCAGUGUGUCAGCCUCUGACAUACGGAACUAAGACAAAUGUUCAUGUUGUGGUCAUGAUCCUGGCGAGCUGGAGUGUCUCUAUUUUAGUUGUCAUUUGCUUUGUAAUUGCAAGGUCAAACCUAGCAAAAUGUGAACAAAAGUGUCUCCUUGAGAUUCUACUGGAAAACAUUUUGGGACCUAUUUUCUCAUUUUAUCUCCCAGUGAUUGUAAUGCUCUGUAUCUACUUAAAGAUUUUCCAUGUUGCACAGAGACAGGCACGCAGCAUCCAGAACACAACCAGCACAAAGUCUGGAGCUGGUGUCAGUAAGAUGGAGAAAAAGGCCACAAAAACUUUGGCUAUUGUUAUGGGAGUUUUUCUUGUAUGUUGGACUCCUUUCUUUUUGUGUAUCACCUUUGAACCUUUUUCUAAUAAUCCAAUAUCACUUACUGUAAUUGAGAUGCUUAACUGGCUUGCACUGUCCAAUUCAAUGCUGAAUCCAUUUAUCUAUGCUUUCUUUUACAGCUGGUUCAGAUCAGCUUUCAGAAUGAUCAUUUCAGGAAAAAUAUUAAAAGGUGGUCUUACUAAUUCAAAACUUGCAUUAAUUAUUGUUUGUUGUGCUUAA